AUGUCCGAUUCGGUUGCUACUGAACCUGCUGAUUUGUCCAGUCUCACCAGCUCUCCUGGCUCUAAGAGAAAGCGUGAACUGGACAGUCCCGGCUCCCAACGUGCUAAGCGCGCUGCUCCUCCUGCAGCCAUGACAGCUGAAACCGCUGCCUUCAUCGAGAAUGCCAUUGAGGCAACCCACGCCGCUGCGGCGAAUGGCGUGAACGUCGCCGACUUCAAUGCCUUGCAGCAGGCCGCGGCUGCUGACCACACCGAUGCGUCUGAUCCUGCGAAUGCUACUAGCACGGCCCAGGCAGCACUUGGCAUGUAUCCUACUCUUCAUGUCCCUCCUUCGACAGAGGAGCAGUUUGCGGCUCAGGUAGCCGCCGAGGGCGAUCAUCAGUCCGAAGCGGCAUUCAAUGCUGAAAUUGCCCAGCCUGAUAUGAUGGAUCCCUCCGCAGUUACCCAGCAAACCCCGGCAAACGGAGGUCAGCCUCCGGCUCAUCGAUACUCUACAUCAUCGGCCCCGUCGAACCCCAAGCCUACUGUGGGCUCUGAGGAAUGGCAUAAGAUGCGAAAGGACAAUCACAAAGAAGGCAAACGGCGCGAGACUAUCAAUGAAGGCAUCAAUGAAUUGGCCAAAAUCGUUCCAGGCUGUGAGAAGAAUAAGGGGUCAAUUCUGCAGCGUGCGGUCAGCUUUAUUACACAACUUCGGGAGAACGAAGAGCAGAAUGUCGAAAAGUGGACUCUGCAGAAGCUUCUCACAGAUCAGGCCAUUACUGAGCUGAGUACUUGCAACACCAAGCUCAAGGAAGAAUGCCAACGGGUGUUUAGAGAACUGGAGAUUUGGAAGCGCGUGGCGCAGAAUGCUGGCUUGGAGCCUCCUCAGCCAGAGGAGGAGUCAAGCCCAUAA